GACAAGUACCGAUACCGCAUAGGUAGGUUUUAUGAAGCAGGGCUCCAAGUUUUUGGGAGCAGAGACUGAUUUUUAGAGAAUAAUUGAGCGAUGUCGAACGCAGUGGCGAAUGGGUUUGCCGGAGCUGGAGGUGGAAUCAUCGCUCAGAUCAUUACUUAUCCCCUCCAAACGGUGAAUACGCGUCAACAAACUGAGAGAGUAGCCAAGAAAGGCUUACGCAAUUCCGAUGGGAGUUUGCCCACUUCCAAACGCCAUGAAGUUGCUCGUCCCACUAACACUCUUCUUCAAAUCAUCCAGGUCAUAAGAACCGAAGGUUGGGGAGGACUUUAUAGUGGUCUUAAGCCGUCUCUGCUCGGAACUGCUGCUUCGCAAGGGGUUUAUUACUAUUUUUAUCAGGUCUUCAAAAACAGGGCAGAGGCCAUCGCAGCUGCUCGUAGAGACGAAGGACGUGGCGAUGGUACUGUUGGCAUGCUCUCUUGGCUUGUUGUUGCAGCUAUUGCUGGCUCCUUAAACGUGCUGUUCACAAAUCCUAUAUGGGUUCUUGUGACUCGUAUGCAGACACACACUCAAGCUGAAAGAAAGAUUAUGGAGGAGAGGAGGGAGGCUCUAUUGAGGGAAGCGUCUGAAAGAAGUUUAGUAGAUUCAACUUUGUCAGAUAAAUUGGCUGAACUUGAUUCAGAAAAACCUCGUCCAUAUGGCACUCUGCAUGCGGCACGCGAGGUUUACAAUGAAGCAGGAAUUGCUGGAUUCUGGAAAGGAAUUGUUCCAACACUUAUAAUGGUGUGCAAUCCUUCAAUUCAAUUCACGAUUUAUGAAAGCUUGUUAAAGCAUCUAAGGAGAAAGCGUGCUGCAAACAAGCAGGGAUCAAAAAACAUAACUUCUUUGGAGGUUUUUCUAUCGGGGGCCGUGGCAAAGCUGGGUGCAACUCUUGCAACAUAUCCCUUGUUAGUUGUCAAGUCAAGGCUGCAAGCAAAGCAGGAGAUUGGUGGGAAUAUCUCGUUAAGAUACUCAGGUACUCUUGAUGCGAUCAUUAAAAUGAUCCGCUAUGAAGGCUUGCCUGCCUUUUACAAGGGAAUGAGCACCAAGAUAGUGCAGAGUGUUUUUGGAGCUUCUGUACUUUUCAUGAUUAAGGAGGAGCUUGUCAAGCUUUACAUGAUGCUGGCACAUAAAAGCCAGAAAGCUAUAUUGAACUUGGUGAAAUGACCACUUUACUACAGAAAAGGGGAUAACUCCGUCCAUGUGGUAAAUAGUUAUAUAGAUUAUAGAACCAUGAUCGACACAUUGCCACUAUAGUCGUAGGGUGGAUGGACACCAAGAUGGAGUAGACCUGCUAAUGUGCCCAACGUCCCUGCUGCAAUAUGUCAGGAGGCCAUUCCUCCCAGCACAAAUAAGGAAGGUAUGUGUGACCUGGUGCCACUUUCUGCCACUUUUUUUUUUUUUUUUCCCCUCCUGUACUCCUUUACCCCGUCAAGUUUCAUUUCGUGGUGCCUGCUGACUGUGUUACUUGGGACAAUAUGAGUGGAGGAUAUGAUUCAAAACUGUUUUAAUUAAGAGAUGAACCAACAUCAGAUUUGAGAAAUGGCUCUCAUGAUUUAAUUUCAGGUUGAUGUAUCAUUUGUAAUUAUUGUUUAAAACUGUUACAUGCUUUAUGCCUUCAUGUUA